AUUUGGGUCCAGACCUGUUUCAGUCCAAUCACACAGAAGACAUCUGAGUGUAGCAGAAACCAGCGCAGAGUAAUAUGGACUCUCGGGUGAAGGGUCAGAAGGGUGGGGUAGCUGUGUCACCUGCCCUUGAUGGUGGCUACGCCUGGUUCAUCUCACUCUCCUGCUUUUUAGUCUUUGGUCUGACCUUUGGGGUCAUUAAGGCCUUUGGUGUAUUCUAUGUUGAGAUACACCAAUACUUUGAAACCACAGCAACAGAAACAUCAUGGAUCACCUCUAUUGCUGUGGCUACCAUUCACAUUGUAGCUCCUGUAGCAUCUGCUCUGAGUGCUCGCUACAGCCAUCGCUCUGUAGUAAUAAUCGGCGGACUGAUUUGCAGCUUAGGAGUCGUGAUUGGGGCUUUUGCUCGUAACCUCGUUGAACUCUACUUAACAGUGGGGUUUCUAAAUGGUCUUGGCUAUGCAUUAACCUGGACCCCCACAGUGACCAUGCUAGGCUUGUACUUUGAGAAGAAGCGUCCGGUGGCUAAUGCCUUGGCCAGCGCUGGAGAGUGCAUCCUUACCUUUGUCCUCACACCCAUGUUCCAGCUAUUGAUUGACAGUUACUCAUGGAGGGGUGCUUUGCUGAUCCUGGGGGGUCUGCAGCUUAACCUGUGUGUAUGUGGGAUGCUGCUGAGGCCCCUAAAAUUCACCAGAGAUUUGACUUGUGUCAGUGAGGUCAAAGCAGAAGAACAAGAUGAGCUGAGGAUAUCUGAGGGGUCCGACCUUGAAGACCCUGAGGAGAUACCUAAUUCAACUGAAGACCCAAACUGCAGGACUAAGAGGGCUCAAAUAAGGACCAAAAUUCGGCGCUACGUAGAUUAUACCCUCAUCACUAAUGCUCGAUUCAUGGUCUACUCAAUGUUUGGGGUGUUUGCUGCUCUGGGUUUCUUUGCUCCUGCUUUGUUCCUGUUUCCUUAUGCUCGCAGUAAGGGCAUUGAGGAGUACCAGGCAGCUGCACUCAUGUCCAUCUCUGCUGUGCUGGACCUGUUUGCAAGGGUGUUCUUCGGCUGGGUGGCAAACCUGAGACUGGUGGAAACGGUGCAACAGCUGACAGCUACAGUGAUUCUGCUGGGUACUGUGUUACUCCUCUGCCCACUGGCGUCUUCGUUCCCAGAGCUGGUUGCUUUCAGCGCAGCUUAUGGUCUCGUGUACGGCGCCACGGUCUCCAUCCACAUCACUGUGCUGGCUGAGGUUGUGGGCGUCCACAGGCUCGGAAGUGCACUGGGGUUUUUCAUGCUCAUACGCAGCAGCGGAGGCCUCUUUGGACCACCCAUCGCUGGAUUCUUCAUUGAUAAGAUGAGCGAUUACGGGACAGGAUUCAUCAUGGCUGGAGUGGCUCUCAUUGUCUCUGCCCUGUUCCUGCUGCUCCUGCAUCAGAUGAACCGCAGGGGUCAGGGGUCAAGCACCAAGAAUCACGACAAGCAUACGGACAAAAUGGGACAAAGCCUCAGGUCUGAAGCCAAAGAGCUGGGUAUGACAUGA